GGCGCUCCCGGGGUGCCUGCUCGGCGCUCCGCCGGCCGCCCUGCGUACGCUCGCAAGGCACUCGCAGACUCCGGCGUCGCCAAGAUGUCGACCGCCAUGAAUUUCGGGACCAAGAGCUUCCAGCCGCGGCCCCCGGACAAGGGCAGCUUCCCACUGGAUCACUUAGGUGAAUGUAAAAGCUUUAAAGAUAAAUUCAUGAAGUGUCUUUAUGACAAUCAUUUUGAAAAUGCUUUGUGCAGAAAUGAAUCCAAAGAAUAUUUAGAAUGCAGGAUGGAGAGAAAAUUGAUGCUACAAGAACCAUUGGAGAAACUGGGAUUUGGAGACUUGAUUGGUGGAAAAUCAGAGGCAAAAAAAUGAAUUUUGAUGAGAAGACCCCUAGGCCGUGUUCAGUGGUCUCUCGGGACGGAGGGCAUCAUCCUGCCUCUUAGGUCGGCGAAGGCCUGCGUGUAGUGUCCUUAGAAACAGGCUUCAAAUAGAGGCUCCACCCCUGUGGGGGCGUCUCCUGGGUAGGGAAGUGGCGUCCUGUUUUCCCUUAGGAGGGUGUUUCUGCAUUGAACCCCUGAGUGGGACGGCGUUCCCUGCAAGGCUGGGAGGGAGGGGAGCAUGGGGCAAGACCCUCGUCUUCGAGGCCGGGGCCCUCUUGUAUGGGGCGGUUUUAUGUUGCAGUCCUCUGAUACUUUCUGAGUUCAAACAGGUAAAUGUGCAUAAAUUUCAGUCCCUUCUGAACACAGAUAUCAUCAGGAAAUCACCAUUCCCUAGCAGGAUGUUUUCAUGUUUGUAUUCGUAUAUGCCAGUUCAUUUCCUUAAAGAAAGAAAAAAAAAAAGUGGAACACAGAGUAGGAAGUGAGAACCUUCUGGCUUUGGAUGGAUUUGACUCCUUGAUUCUUUCUGGUUUUGCCUGAAUACCAAGUAGCUUCAUGAUCAAAGGGUCAUUUUCUGAUUUGUAUCAGACCAUAUUUAUAAAGCUGGGUAUUUAAUUUCAA